AUGGGUCAUAUGAAUUUAGAACAAGCUCAAACAAUCUGCAAGGCUUCGGGAUGUGAUCGCCCAGUUUAUGUCGAAAAAAAUGGUCGUAAGCAUCCUUAUUGUGGAAUAGCCUGCGCACGUUUUUUUGAUACUAGCUUUCCUAAUGGCCAUCAAGAAAGAGACAAUAAACCAAUUCCUACUUUUCAACAAGCCAUUUGCAAAAUUUGGGAAUGCAAUAAACCUUGUUAUAUUGAACCAUCUGGCAUUCGUCAUCCUUAUUGUUCAAGAACAUGUGCCAGAAAAGAUUUCCAGAAUCCUGUUUGGAAUAAUACUAACACUAAAAAAGAUAUGC